GGCUGAACUGUUCCAGAGCGCAGAUAAAGAGAAGGGAGCGCAUCUCUGUGUCAGACACCUGAUGAGCAUCCCCCAAACUCUGGAAAGCAGCCGGGGACAGAACCUCCCGAGAGAUCACUGUUUUGGGGAUUUUAUCGAAGCUCUAUCAAGUUUGGAAAACACCAGCAAAGGAGUAUUACUUUUAUAAAAGUAGGCUACAGUAAUAAACUGGACUUUCAGAGAUGGCACUCUCUUUUCGACGCAGGUGUUUGCUUUUGCUGUGUUUGACAGCUAUCCAGGGUGGCCAUGCUUCCGUUCAGACAUGCAUGGAUAAGCACCAGGUGGUCGGGGUGCUCCGUCAGAUGGAGAAGUUUCUGAAAGGCCAGGAGAUGAGAUUCACCGAGGGCCUCAGGAUCAUGAAGUCAAAGCUGGCGACACUUCAGAACUCGGUCUCCAAGUUACCUCAAGCGGACCAGACAGCCGCUCCAACCACCUGCCCCUCUCUGGAAGCCCCUGCUCACGGAAUAAAGUUCGGCUCAAAGUACUUUGUCGGACAUGAGGUCCACUUCACUUGUUCCCAGGGAUACCGUAUUGUUGGCUCUGCUACGCGGGCCUGCCGGGAUAACGGCACCUGGACGGGGAUCAGUGCUAUCUGUAAAGAUAUAAGUGAGUGUGAAAGUAAUCCCUGCCAAAAUGGAGGUACCUGCGUGGAAGGUGUUAACCAAUACAAAUGCACCUGCGCCCAGAACUGGAGUGGCUCUCACUGUCAGCACCAAACACAGACAGCACCACCUGAGUGGAGCGUCAUGAACGAUCCAGCAUUCAGCCGGAGACCUCGCUGCGCCCAAGUGAACCAAGCCCAACACUGCAGCUGUGAUGCAGGCUUCCACAUGAGUGGCACCUCUGACAACAGUAUCUGUCAGGAUGUAAACGAAUGCGAAGUGUACCGGUUGGACCAAGGAGGGAAGCUGUGCGUCCACGAGUGUGUGAAUGUCCCGGGCUCUUACCGCUGCUCCUGCCCCAGCGGCUACAAGUUGCUUGCAGACAGGCGGAGCUGUGAGGAUGUGGACGAGUGUUUGAGCCAGCAGCACAACUGCAGCCGAGGGACAACUUGUAUCAACAUGGGGGGAGGCUUUCACUGUGUCAACCCAGAGUGUCCCCGUUCUCAUGGCAACAUCAGCUACGUCAAGACAUCUCCCUUUCAGUGUGAGAGAAACCCCUGCCCCAUGGACAGCCGCUCCUGCCACCUGGCUCCUAAGACCGUGUCCUUCCACUACCUGUCUCUGAGCUCCAACCUGCAGACUCCUGCAACUCUUUUCCGUAUGGCGACCGCCUCCGCCCCAGGUCGCACCGGGCCCGACAGCUUGCGUUUCGGCAUAGUGGGCGGAAACUCCAGAGGUAUCUUUGCCAUGCAGCGUUCAGACAGGCAGACCGGGGAGCUGAUCCUGGUCCAGCAGCUGCGAGGGCCGCAGGAGAUCAGCAUAGACGUGGACAUGUCUGAGUACAGCGACCGCACCUUUCAGGCCAAGCAUGUGGCUAAGGUUAACAUUCUGGUUUCACCUUACAACUUCUGAGAGAGAGCUGGAGACGGAGGAAGACGAGACGGCGAGGUGAAGAAGAACACGGAGCAGUGUAAUGAGAACUGAGUUUCCUGGUACUGUUUCUUUAUCCCCUAUCAGUAAUUCAAUUGUCUGAGUAGCCAAUUGCAGGACAACACUUGUUCAGUGGCCAAAUACCACAAUAGUGAGAGUGGCAGGUACGGAGGCCCAUGUGGUUAUGACUUAAGAACAGGUGAAAGAGGCGUUGCCAAUGUAAUCUUUCUACGUUCAUUUUUCUAUGUUUUACUUUUUUCCAAUACUCACCUGGCAACAAGAGGCUGAAAUGCACCACUACCCUACGUUUGGUAAAAUUACCUUUGUGUCUUAUCAGUUUAAAACACAUAUUAUUGUUUCUUAUGUUUGGAGUUUGUGGAUACAUUUUAAACUCUCUCUAGAAUACUUAAUUGUUUUAAGUCCAAUUUGGAACAAGUUUUGCAGAUCAGACUCUUGUGGCCAGAAAAUAAGUAUUACAACACUUUCACCUGCCAACACUUAUUUCACCUGUUGCACAGAGGAAAAACACUGUAAAAACUUGAAACCUUACCAAGUAUAUUGGUCUUAUUUCUAGUCAUAUAAUCUGUGUCUGUGUUUUUACACCUGAUAUAAGACAUAAUAACUUAAGAAGUAACUAUGCAGUGAGAUACAGGGUCUUGUUCUUAGACAAUGCAUCUUAAGUAUCUUUUUAAGUCAAAGACUCUUUUUAAGUCAAAAACUUAUUUUCAGCUGUAUCUCAGAUUACGUUUUUUUGACAUGUCACAAGGUUUUUAAGAUGCUGUGGUAUUUGUGAAAGAUGGAUCACCUUCUUUCAAGAAAUAUAUAUUACUUGAUUUUAGGAAACACAUUUUUGUUGGAACAUCACCAACUUAACAUCAGAAAACAGAAAACUGAAAUGCAUUUCCGGCUCAUUUUUUUACACAUAAUUUCCUGAUUCUGGUAAAAAUACGUUUUCCCAGCUAAUUACAAGAUCUUAUUUAUCUAAGUAUCCCAUCUUAAUUCAAGAAAUCUUACCAAGCAAAUGUUUACUUGUUCUAUUGGCAGAUUUGUUUACUUAUUACAAGCGAAAACACCUUGUUUUCAUAAUUGUUUUUACUUGAUUCAGGAGCAGCGUUCUCCAGUGUAGAUACUUUGUUCACCUCUUCUUAAGUCAUUACCACCAACAUUACUUUUUCUUACUUGCCUCUCAGGGCUUCCUUAGACAAGCUAAUAUUUAACAGUUAUAUUAGGAAUAACAAUAUACGGCAGAACAGAUCAUAGAUGCAUCUUUGAGGAGUGUCAGUAAGAGCUUUGACUGAUGGCGUUUGUCUGAGUGUGUUUGAAUGGAUGAAAACUAGCUAAUCAGAAGCAUAAUGAAUGGGUUGGGAGGGAUGGAAGUAUGUUUUUUGAGAUUGCUGUUGCUUUAUGUUGGUAUUUUUUGAAUGUCUAUCAAAGAUCAUGUCUGUGUAGCUCAGGGUCUGGCCCCGGGGCUGAUGCACUGCCCUCGCUUUGUUAAUGAUAAAUCCGUAUGAGACAUUAGUGCUCCUGAGGCUCUAAUUUAUUGGAAAUAUUAUUGGUUUUUACAUUGUGACAUACUGUACGCCACAUGUUUAUCUUCCAUCGUAUACUGUAUAUUUGUUUUGUUUUUGUACUAGCCUUUCUUGUUUAAGGUAUCAUCCAUUAUACUGAGAGUGUUUCUUUUAAAACAGUAGAUCCAAUACUGUAGCUGGGCAUAUUUUCUGUAUUACUCAUUUUCUGUAUGUAACCCAGAAAUCAUUAUAUUCAAAAUCACAGAUGAUUUGGCAAGCUUGGCAAAUGCACUACACAAUUUAUGUGGAAUUUUAAUUGUCUCUGCAUAACUGAAAUAAAGUCAGUCUAACAUUUCA